GAUAUAUUAUAUGUAUAAUAAAGUACUCGGAUACUCCGCUAAACUUCCAGAGUUCUGACAGGGCUGCCAAAACAUUAAUGGCAUGUUAAUAUUUAAGCUGGCAAGACCAAGACAAGUAGCCCGCGGAGUUCAGUUAAGUGUAUUCCGUACUUCCCGUGUAUUUGGUGAAGCGGCCCAACUGUGUAAACACCGCAGCUUCGGCAUAGACAAAGCUCAAAGUGUCCAAAUAAAUGUGAAAUGUGAAUACAAACAUGAACGACGACUCCAGAAUGCCAGUAUUAGCCAAGUUGAAUGCAAAUAUCCCGACAAUUCGAAGUAGUGUGCGUUUUCUUAUCGUGAAAACUUUUGGGACACUGUACCCUUAAAGCUAAUAGCUCUCGGAAUUUUCCUUUUUAAUCGACUGCGGAUCGGGUGUGGGGGUUUGUCUGCCUGCCGUUUAUUGGGCAGUUUAUGAACUCGCCAAGUAAUUAGAAAGUAGAGCCUUGGAACUAACUUAAGAUAUCAUGUCGGUAGUAUAUUAAUGGUAAAAGUAAAGAUAAAUAACCAAACCAAAAUGUAAGAGAAUGCAACACACAUACAUGGAAUCACCCAACCCUAAACCACCGCCCAAACUCAGUGAAUCAACCAAUUAGGGAGAAAUAGUAGCCAAAAUGGAGGCCGAGUGGAGCUUGGAUGACCCGUCCGCCUCCUUCGGUCGCCUGCCCUCCGUUCCCAGUGCUCCGAUGGACUUGGAGGCGGAUAACGAGGUGGCCAGCAACUGGUCCACAUUGGCCAACUUUACUCGACUCGUGGCUGCCUCCGCUCCGGACAUCGCCAACUUUACACUCAAAAUGCUGGACUUGAGUGUGGGCGUGGGUGUGGGCGUGGGAACGGAUGCGUCCAAUUUGAGUGCCAGCACCACGCCCCUGCCCGCCUACGCGAUCGCCAAUAGCUCCUCACUGGCGCACACGAACAGCCUGCACGAAUCGCCUCCAAUGGCGGAACAGGUGCCCGAGCACGUGAUGGACCACGCCCCCCAGUUGUCCCGUUCCGGACUGCUCAAGGUGUAUGUCCUGGCGGUGAUGGCACUGUUCUCCCUGCUGGGCAACCUGCUGACCAUCUGGAACAUCUACAAGACCCGCAUUUCGAGGCGCAACUCCAGGCACACGUGGAGCGCCAUCUACUCGCUGAUGUUCCAUCUCUCGAUUGCCGACGUCCUGGUCACCUGGUUCUGCAUCAUCGGGGAGGCAGCCUGGUGCUACACGGUGCAGUGGCUGGCCAACGAGCUUACCUGCAAGCUGGUCAAGCUCUUCCAGAUGUUCAGCCUUUAUCUGAGCACCUAUGUCCUGGUGCUGAUCGGCGUGGAUAGGUGGAUAGCGGUCAAGUAUCCCAUGAAGUCGCUCAACAUGGCCAAAAGGUGUUAUCGACUGCUCGGCGGAACUUACAUUCUGUCACUGGUGCUCAGCCUUCCACAGUUCUUCAUUUUCCACGUGGCUCGGGGUCCUUUUGUGGAGGAGUUCUACCAGUGCGUCACCCACGGAUUCUACACAGCCGACUGGCAGGAGCAGAUGUACGCCACUUUCACGCUUGUUUUUACCUUCCUGCUGCCGCUGUGCAUCCUGUUCGGCACCUACAUGUCAACCUUCCGCACCAUUUCAAGCAGUGAAAAAAUGUUCCAGGGAUCGAAGCUGGCCAACUAUUCGACGGCAAAGCUGCCCACACAAACGAAUCGCCAGCGGCUGAUACACAAGGCCAAAAUGAAGUCGCUCCGGAUUUCAGUGGUGAUCAUCAUAGCCUUCCUCAUCUGCUGGACACCCUACUACGUCAUGAUGAUUAUGUUCAUGUUUCUCAAUCCAGACAAAAGGCUGGGCGACGAUCUGCAGGAUGCCAUCUUCUUCUUCGGCAUGUCCAACAGCCUGGUAAAUCCGCUCAUCUACGGAGCCUUCCACUUGUGUCCCGGCAAAGGAGGCAAGUCGAGUGGCGGCGGCGGCAACAACAACGCCUACAGCCUGAACAGGGGCGACUCGCAGCGCACUCCAUCCAUGCUAACGGCGGUGACGCAGGUGGAUGGCACAGGUGGUAGUUCCCGCCAGAUGAGGGCCUUCCGCCAGCAGAGCUACUACCGCAGUUCGAGCAACGGCACUGCUGGAUCCGGCGGCGGUGCUCCGUUCAAGGAGCAAGUGGGUCUGCUGCAUGUGGGUUCUGGCACGGGUACUUCUGGCAAUGUGGGCUCCGUGUCCAGCAAUGCCACGCCGCAGCUGCUGAGGAAGGGCUCGGCACUCCUGGCCCGACAUCCCAGUUGCGUGCGGGAGCAGGAGCACCAGCAACGACUCCUGCUGCAGGACAAGCCCUCCACUCUGAUCCUCAACUACGAUAGCCAGCGCGGAGGCGUGGGAGUGGGCGUGGCCAGUGGGCUGUUGGACAACAACGAGCGGGUGUCGAGCGUGUGAGAGCAGCUGGCGAUGGCGGCGGAUGCAGCGGAUGCAGCGGAUGCGAAUGCAAAUGCAGAUUUAAGGACGGAGGACGCCUGUUCCUGCUGCCAUUGCCUGAGCAGGGAGCUGGUGCGACGGCAGCUAGAACUCCAAGAGCUUCCAGUGCAGUGAGGCGACCGCCAGAGGAUUUGAUCCCCAGUGGCCUCCCAGUGGGGAGUGGAUUCCGGGUGAGAAUCGAGGAAGGAGAGUGUGAAGGCUUCGAUGAUCAGAUCACCGGGGCGCGCAACUUGUGCUUAGUAAAUGCUAAUCGAGAGUUAAGUCUUUAAACACAAUGGGUGUGCUUAGGAGUAGCGUAGGAUUAAAGCUUGUCCGUAUGGAAAGGUUGCCCAACAAUGGGAGAAACUCAGGUUACAAAACCUCUGCCGAAUUUUCAGUUAAAUUUCUCAGUUCUCAAGCAAAUGCUCCAAAAGGUUUUUUUAUUAAAAGUAAUAACUCCAAAUAUUUUGCAUUUUUUAUAUAUCAUAACUAUGAAAUAUUUGAAGCAAAAUCCGAAUUAUAUAAUAUGAAAAUGUACCUAUUCAUAAGUCUAUAAAAAACUAUCUUGUUUGUUUGCUAAUUUAUCUAAUAAUUAACCAAAUCACUAUUGAGCCCACAAAUCAGGUUGUGAAAAUAGGUUUAAAAUCUAAAAAAAAUGGUUCGCAUUUCGCAGCUAGUUUGUUUCAGUGAAAGCUAAUAAAGUACAAUAAUUACAAUUACUUAAUCUAUGUGCAAUCAAUCUGCAAUGAUAAUUUAAUUGGUUAAUUAAAAUAUAUGACUUCAAAUGUGUUUCUCCCAUUAGCAGGGCAACAUUGUAACGUUAAUUAAAAACACGGAUGUCCGUUUUUCCUUUUGUUUUCCCUUUUACGUUUUUCAAAAAGCAAUUGUCAAAUUGUGUAAAAAAAUUAAAAGCCAAAAACAGGGUAAAAAUAAACAUUGUAAAUAUACUGAAAUAUUUUUCAAACAAAUUGUGGCUACCACAUUUUUAAAAUUAUAUUUGGAAUAAUGUUAUAACUGAUGUAAAAAAAGAUUGGAAUAAAAAUGAGUUCUUGUUCAAAAAUGUAACAGUAAGACCUGUAAUUUUAAGAUGACCUAUUCUUUGAUUUAAUUUAAGAAACCUAUCAUUAUAUUGUCUAAAAUCCAAAGUCAUGCUCAUACUUUAUAAUUUUCAAUUAGUUUUGGUUUAUUUUCGUUUCAAAGCCCCAAGGUCGCUUCACUUAGAAUCGUAUUUUUCCAUUGUAAAUGGCACUCUCCCCAAAGGAAUCCGCAGCUUACGACCAACUGGAAAUAUCAACUUAAGCCGGAGUUCCUUUAAACGUAUUACACCAAACACCGCAAAUCAAUUUGGCCAAGAAGUCCCCCGAGACAAACGGAUAUGAUAUGCUUCUGACGAGUCCGGAGGAGGAUAUACAGGUGCACACAUGCAUGUGUCAUUGAAGGAUCCACUGCAUUAUGGGAACGGUUAAAUUUCCACAAUUCCGCAUGCUAACGCCCAUCAUCUAUCCCAUCAUCCCGUUUGCAUAUUCAUGUGCUCGUACUCCGCAAUUUUGGUGCGUACUUAUGUAUAAAUAAUCUGUGUCAAAUUUGUAUAGUUUAUUUUUUAAUAAAACCCGAAUGAUCCUUGCGAAACUUUA